AUGUGCCUUAAACCUUUCUCUUUUUUUAAUGCUACUACCACUCUUUCGACAUUUUAUACCUAUUUAUUCUCAUUUCUUUACCCCUUUUCAACACCUACCACCGACUCUUUCUUUCUUUCUUUCUUUCUUUCUUUCUUUCACUUGUCUAAUUAUAUGCCCAUAACAUCAUCCUUUCUUCUCAAAUCUUUCUGUUUUUCUUUUUUUCACUGUACCAUUCUUUCUUUCUUUCGUGUUCCCUUCAUCCUUCCUUUCUUGUUUCAUCUAUUCUUUCUUUCUUUCUUUCUUUCUUUCUUUCUUUCUUGUUUCAUCCUUUCUUUCUUUCUUUCUUUCUUUCUUUCUUUCUUUCUUUCUUUCUUGUUUUCCUUGUCCUUCCUUUUCUGGUUUCAUCCAUUCUUUCUUUUUUUCUUUCUUUCUUUUUCUUUUCUUUCUUUUCUUUUCUUUCUUGUUCCCUUCGUCCUUCCUUUUCUGGUUUCAUCCAUUCUUUCUUUCUUUCUUGGUUUCUUUCUUUCUUUUUUUUCUUUCUUUCUUCCUUCGUCCUUCCUUUCUGUCCAUCCAUUCUUUUUUUGUUUGUUCCUUCGUCCUUCCUUUCUUGUUUCAUCCAUUGUUCUUUCUUGUUCCCUUCGUCCUUCCUUUCUGGUUUCAUCCAUUCUUUCUUUCUUUCUUGUUCCCUUCGUCCUUCCUUUCUGGUUUCAUCCAUUCUUUCUUUCUUUCUUUCUUGUUCCCUUCGUCCUUCCUUUCUGGUUUCAUCCAUUCUUUCUUUCUUUCUUUCUUUAUUGUUCCCUUCGUCCUUCCUUUCUGGUUUCAUCCAUUCUUUCUUUCUUUCUUUCUUUAUUGUUCCCUUCGUCCUUCCUUUCUGGUUUCAUCCAUUCUUUCUUUCUUUCUUUCUUUCUUUCUUUCUUUCUUUCUUUCUUUCUUGUUCCCUUCGUCCUUCCUUUCUUCUUUCAUCCUUUCUUUCUUUCUUUCUUGUUCCCUUCGUCCUUCCUUUCUUGUUUCAUCCAUUCUUUCUUUUUUUUUUCUUUCUUUCUUUCUUUCUUUCUUUCUUAUUAA